AUGAUGUUCAACGCCAACCUCUUCCUCAUGGCCGCCACCGCCCUCGGCGCCCUGGCCGUCGCCAACCCGGCCCCCAUGGCCAUGGGCGUCGAGGUGCUCGAGCAGGAUGGCUCGCUCAUGGUCCGCGAGGUGAUCACCGAGGGCGCGCCCAAGGAGAAGCGCUGCCGCGAGUGCGUCCACGUCGGCAACAGGUGCACCAUCGGCGACGGCAGCUGCUACGCGAAGGAGCAGGCCUCGUGCACGUGGUGCGGCAACCACUGCAAGUCCAUCUGCAUCCCCCGGAAUCCAACAUGUUGCUGCUCAAGUCGUCAAAAUAGCCUUGCCAGCCAUUUAACCUCCUUCGUUUCACGUUGGCAAUAG